GGGAAAUGGCGGCUCGGAGACUACAACGAGCUCAGUGAGUCGUGUACAGCUGGUGACGUGGACGUUCCUGCUGAGGGCGGCGCGCGUCAAGCCUCGUUUCCGUUUGACUCCUCAGGUGACCUUAUCCAGUCACUGAUUGGAAGAUGAGAGCGACCUCUUCCUUCCCGUCAAGCUUACGCUCUUCUCUAUUCACAGAGACAAGUUACGCUGCAGGCGCUGUCAGGAAGCCUCCUGGGCAGAAGUAGAACUCUCCCGGCCGGUCGUUCAUCUCUCCAGUCAUUCAUUACCGAGGCUCCGGCUCUGUUUAUGGCUCAGGCUGUACGAAUUGCUAAGACUUGAUGGACACAGAGUUAUCUGUCAGUCCUUAGCGUGGGUGCUACUCUAUGGUAACAGCUCACCCUCCAUUCAUUACAAACAUCACUUAUUAUGUGGGCCAGAACCCUGUGUGUGGGCCUGCUGGCCUUUACUGUGGGGCUGAUCCAUCAUCUCCAGCCUGGAAUCCCUGAGGCUGCCCUGGAAUACCUGUCCUCCUCCCUGCACAGUCUCUCCUCCUCCAGGGACACCACUCCAAGCCCAUCACUGGAAGAAGCCCUGUCUACUGCAUGGAACCAGCUCAUCACCGCCCCUACCAGGCACUGGGGGAAGGUGGCAGUGGGAGUGAAUGCGUGUGUUGAUGUAGUAGUCUCUGGGGUAAGCCUGCUGCAAGCUUUAGGACUAAACCCCCAAAAUGGAGGAGAUCACUUGGUGCUCGCUUCACAAGAAGAGCUAGCUGCUACAUUUCUGCACUACAUGCAGCGAGGAGCUGCAGCUGAACGUUUCUAUAGUGAUGCAGACAGCUUUGAGCACAUCUCACACGCUGCCACACAGAACCCAGAGGCCAAGCACUUUCUUGGUGGCAAUGCAGCUCUCAUCGCUCAGAGAUUGGCCAGUCACCCAGAUAUGGAGGUUCUUCUUUGUGGCCCAAUAGGCCCUAAACUUCAUGAACUGCUAGAUGACCGAAUCUUGGUGCCUCCAGCCUCAUUACAGGAGCAGGAUGAAUAUCAUCUUAUCUUGGAAUACAAAGCUGGAGAACAGUGGGGUUCAGGUCGUGCCCCAUCUGCCAGCCGAUUUAUUUUUUCCCAUGACUUGUCAAAUGGUGCCAUGACAUCAUUGGAGGUUUUACUUUCAAGUCUAGAGGAGUUUCAGCCCAAAUUAUUGGUUCUUUCUGGAUUGCACAUGAUGGAGGGAUUGAGUAAGGAAAAAAGAGCCAGUCGUCUACGUGAGGCUGCCAAUGGUUUGUCAGAUGUUCCUUCAGAUAUCCUUAUUCAUUUGGAGCUGGCAAGUAUGACAGAUGGAGACUUGAUGAGAGGAAUAAUCUACCAGCAGGUCUUCCCAGUGAUUAGUUCUCUUGGACUCAAUGAACAAGAACUACUGUUUCUGGCCCAGUCAGCAAAUGGUCCUCAUUCCACCUUCGCCGCCUGGUCUGGAGUCCCAGAUGUUGGAAUAGUGAGUGACAUCUUGUUUUGGAUCCUUCAUGAUUCUGGUACUGAAGGCUCUGGUCUUACCAGAGUGCACUUUCACACACUAGCCUAUCAUAUCAUCGCUACCAUUGAUGGGUUUUGGGGAAACCAGGUUGCUGCAGUAGCUGCAGGUGCUCGGGUUGCUGGCGCUCAGGCAUGUGCCAGUCAAACCAUUGAUCCUUCAAGAGUAAUUCUUAAAAGUCCAUUGGAAUUUGUUACAUCACGAACUGAAACAGGUUCUACAGCUAGGAUCACGGCUAAGGAACCAGUAGCCGUGUGGAGAAAAGGAGGAGUGACCUUCCAUUUUACACCUGUCCUGAUCUGUAAGGAUCCAACUAGAACAGUGGGGUUGGGAGAUGCUAUAUCAGCUGAAGGAUUGUUGUUUUCUGAGUCCCAAACCCAGUAAAGGAAACUCUGCACCACAGGGAACAGGUGACAUCUGCUACUAUUACAGUCAAGACAACUGAACAUACUGACUAAGUACAGAUAUAUUCAUUCCCCAUCCAUAGGGGUCAGAAAAUACAAUUCCUUUCUAUGCUAGCAAAUGUUACAAAUGUAAAAAUAUGUAACUUAUUUUGCAUUCCAAACCUUAAAGAGAAAAUCUAUCCAAAAUUGAAAUUGGAUGUAUAUUAGAGGUUAUAAUAGAUGCCAUAGUCUAGUAGUUAUGUUUUGUAGACUUUGAGGCAUUCUUCUGUUUUUAUUGCAGGAUCUGAUCCUGUCAUGUGGAAUCAGGAAAGUCUAUCCCAAGAGGAAAAACCUUUCUUUAUUUCACAUGAAAAGAUCAUACUACAGCUGUGAAAGAAACAUCAUGCUAGGUUCACAGGCCACAAUAUGGUUUCUGUAUUUAUUCAAGUUGAGUUUAUUGGAACCACAAGCGGGGGAGGGGGGGGGGGGUUGCAGUAAUGUGGACAUUGAGUAUUGAGUUAUGGCCUACCAGUGUAUUUUUAAAUGAGUAGUAUAAGGAAAAUUUUCCUCAUCCUAUUGUGCCCAGGCUUACAGAAAAAAAAAAAAACAAGCAUUCACUCACGUCCCCCCCAUUGCGCUGCUAUAGCUCUUUGGUCCGGUCUUCUUUUGUCUGGUCCGGUCUUCAGUGCAUCGCUGGCUGCAUUGAUGUUCCGCCUCGGCUGGUGAUAGGCUGAGUGCAGUGUCAUGUAAGGAGCCCGGGUAGCAGGGAGAAGGCGGGGCCCAGGCUACGUGCGCUCGGCCUAUCACCAGCCGAGGCGGGACAUCAAUGCGGCCGGCGAUAAGCUGAUUGCAGUGUGACGAUCCGUGCACAGGGAAGAAGACUGGACCGAAGAGCUAUAGCGGGGGAGUUAUAUAGGUGAGUUAAUAUUUGUUUGGUUUUUAGGUUUUCUGUUCAUGCAUACCUAAACAUAGGUAUAUAAAUUCCUCCAUAAACGUUAACAUUUAUUGAUUGGGGUAUAGAUGGAAACGCAAUUUAGUGGACACAAACCAGCCCCGAAUUUGCAGAUAUGUGGGCACACCUGCACAUUGGAGGAAAAUUUUUUUAUUUAUUUUUCAGAUGCAAAAGCAUGAUGUGAAAUGUAGUCAUUCUUUUGGCGUACUGUAUAUUUGAUCCAUAGUUACAGUAUACUCCUGAUACCUCACUUGCAUAGCCCAAAAGUUAUGUGAUAUGAGACUUGUGUUAACUAAUGUAGUAUAAUCCAAAUACCUUACCUGGUAUUUAAUAUUUUUGCAGUAAACAUUGGAUUAUCUUAAUUUUUCAUUAAAACGUGUUACUGGUAACAACCAAUAACCAUAUCCAGAUCACUAGCCUUAGCACAUGGUAUUCAGAACAUAGCGGAUCAGCUUAAUUUAUAGUUCUCUAUCUCUGGGAUGUUGUAAAACAUACUUUACUUGUGAUAGUGAAAUGUUGUUUUAAACUGUGCUGGGUAUCGUACACUCAAUCUUACCUCCUGGUUUGAAAUGCAUCUCUCUCUAAAGCUCUGUCGAAUUUUUUUGGGACCAAAAAAAUCUAUUUAUGCCAUGUUAAUAUUUUAUUUUUUUUAACAAAAAAAAAAACAAACGUGCCCAUUUCCCAGCCCUACCUAACCGACCUAAAUGUUAUUCUUUUGUACUGCCUUGCUCUUAAUUUGUAUUUUUGCAGGGAUGAUUUCUAUUUAAUGGAUACAGUUCUAUACCAAAACCAUUUGAGAAAUUAUUUAUUUUAAUAGCAGGUCAUAAAUAACCAACUAGAACAUAAUUUAAUCUGUGCACACUUGAGGAAACAUUGUCAGUAAUAUCAGGAAAUAGGACCAUUACUGCAAUGUACGUGCAUUGAGGGAUAACUUAAAGGAGUAAUCCGCUGCUCAGCAUUUGGAACAAACUGUUCUGAACGCUGGAGCCGCCGCUGGGAGCUCGUAUCGUCAUAGCCUCGCCCCCUCAUCACGUCACGCCCUGCCCCCUAAAUGCAAGUCUAUGCAGUCACGCCCCCUCGCACAGACUUGCAUUCAGGGGGCAGGGCAUGACGCCACGAGGGGGUGGGGCUAUGACAUCACGAGCUCCCAGCUUCAGCGUUUGGAACAGCUUGUUCCAAACGCAGAGCAGCGGAGUACCCCUUUUAAGCUGUAACCCAGUGUAACAGAGCAGCUUGCUAUUGAGAAUAGUUGUCAUAGAGGGAGGGGGUGGCAUCGUUUGGAGGGUAUGUGCGCCACGGCCCUGCCCUGAAAAUGAGUCACAUCCAAAUGCAAGCACUGAUAACUUUUGUUACAUACAACAUACUGUCAAUAUGCCUCAGUUGCUCAUUUUCUUUAUGUCGCGGAGGACACCCUAUUUUGUAAGAUAUUUGUCAUAGUACUUUGUAACUUUUUCCUUUUUUUUUUAUUAAGAAAAAAAAAUAAUGUAAUAAAAAUGUGUUUUCUU